GCACUCCUAGCAACAAUGGCUGUUGUUUCAGCUGCAUUUGAUCUGGAAGAUUACAAUGAAGAACCGGAAGUGCAGAGUAAUGAAUCAACGGUGCCUGAAUCUGAAAUGCAAGAAGCGACUACUUCUUUGAGAGGAGUGAGCCGCUUUCUGACUUCCCAGCAGAACCUGUUGGGAAACUUGACCUGCAACAAGUUUCCUAGGGUUUGUCGUCUGAAGAAGAGCCCAGGGCCCGACUGCUGUAAGAAGAAGUGUGUCAAUGUGAAGACGGAUAAAUUGAACUGCGGGUUCUGCGGGCGCAAGUGCAAGCAAACUGAGAUUUGUUGCAAGGGGAAGUGCGUCAAUGUGAAGACGGAUAAAUUGAACUGCGGGGUCUGCGGUUACAAAUGCAAGUACCCUGAGAUUUGUUGCAAGGGAAAGUGCGUCAAUGUGAAGACGGAUAAAUUGAACUGCGGGAUCUGCGGUUACAAGUGCAAGUACCCUGAGAUUUGCUGCAAGGGGAAGUGCGUCAAUCCAACUUGUGACAAAAAGAAUUGCGGUGGAUGCAACAAGAAGUGCAAGAGAGGGGAGUUAUGUGUUUAUGGGAUGUGCAAUUAUGCAUGA